AUGCAAUAAAAGGAAUAGUAACAAUAAAAGGGAUCUUCAUCUGUCUUUAACAAGAUAUUAUGGACUAUUGUAGUUAUCCUCAUUGCCUACAAUCUUCACUUGUAUACGAAAAGUAGUUCUUCUGUUCACUUUGAAAUUAAAGGAAAUGGUAAUUUUUAGAUAUAUAUUUAGAAAUCACAAUGUUGAAUGAUGGCCAAUUAUUGAAAGACUCUCACAUUAAGUCACUUUCUGAGGUACUCAAUAGCAAUCCCCAGACAAGUAAAUUAAAUGCAUAAUUGUCAAUUAAUGCAUUUACUAAUUUUAGAGACUUCUUUAAAAGUUUGGAGAGAUUAAGCAACUUGAAUGAAUGUAAGAAUAUGAUAUUUAUUUAUUAUAGUAACUCUGUCUAUUGGAAACAAUCCAAUUGUUAAUGAAUUAGAAUAAGCUAAAGCAUUAAGCCAAGCAUUAGCCAAACUCACAAAAUUACACUCUUUAAACUUAGGCAUAGAUUCUAUCUUCAAUAACGAAAGCAGGGAAAUCAUUUUAUAAGGAUUGAGCAAAGUUUCUGGAUUGACUUAAUUACGUGUCUCUCUGAUCAAUAGUGAUUUAUCUGGAAAUGGAUUGAAAUCACUUUAUCCAUUGACAGAAUUGAGAAAUUUGAAGUCUUUGGAACUGUUGUUGGUUGGUAGUAAAUUAAAAGAAGAAGAAAUGAAACAUUUGUAAACUAUUUUACAUAAGCUACCAAAAUUAAACAAAUUGAAUCUUAAUCUCUAUGCAAACAAAAUAUAAAUUGAUGGAGCUAUCACAUUGAGUGGAGGCUUAUUUUAAUAAAGACAAUUGAAAGAAUUCGGAAUCGAUCUAUAUUUCAAUAACAUCACUGCUAAUGGAACAGAAAGUUUAAUGGGAGUAGUUGGUGCAAUGGAAAACUUGACCUCAUUAAAUUUAGGUUUGGAAUUCAAUUACAUAACCAAUGAGGGAGGUAUUCAAGUUGGAAAGGCAUUGUCAUAAUUCAAGAACUUGAAAGAUUUAUCAGUAAAUGCUGCCACAAAGAAUUUUGGUUGGGAUGGUUAUGAGGCUAUUGUUAGUGCAAUUGAGAAAUUACCACCUCUCGAUAAUCUAGAAUUGAUAAUUGGGGUCAAUAAGUGUGGAUUACCAGGAGCAGAAUUAUUAAAAUAAGCAUUAUUUAAACAUGAUAAACUAAAGUCCUUGAAAAUCAACUUUUUAGAAAACUAUAUUGGUGAUGCAGGAGCCACAUUCAUUGCUGAAGGAAUUCAAUAUCAAAAAAAUUUAGAAGAACUAAAAGUCAACAUGAACUUCAACUCAAUGUCAGAUAGAGGUGCACUUGAAUUAGCCAGGGCUAUCAAAAAUGCUAAGUCACCAAAGGUAUCAAUAUCAUUCAUCAUUUUUAGGUUGUCGACUUUAGAGUAAGCUAAAACUAAAUUACUGAUAAAGGUAUCAAAGACAUCUUUGUGCUCUUGGAACAAGCUCUUCCCAAAUUAAAUCAAUUGGAUGUCGAAUUGUUAAACACUGCCCUUACAAAUGCCACAAGAGAUGAUAUAGAACUGAAAUAUGGAAAAAUUGACAAAUUGUAAAUUAGAUUAAACACAAUCCCACCAAGUAAUUGGGAAUGAUUUUGUUAUUUAUGUAUA